GUUUAGUUUCACUUCCGCACUCUAUUAACUGUUCUGCUUGCAUCACUUUGGCCGCUCGGUUGACGUUUAAUACAUUUCCCGUAAAGCGAUAAUCAGCCUACUAAAGUUGCCGAGACGUUUGAAGCCUUGCGUAAUGAUGCCAUUAUUUCACUUAAGCGCAAAUAUGAAGCAACGUGUCCGUUAAAGUCAACCAGGAAGUGCGCUUCAGUAACUGGCUGCUUGGACACGAAACUGCAGCUAAAAUCAGAAAUAAUGCAGGUGUUGAUGCAUCCCAUUGGGGGCUGCCUCUUCAUGUGGACACUGAUAAUACAGCUAGUCCUGCAAGGGAGUGGUGUGUAUGCUGACGAUGCCACCAAGAACUGCAAGCUCACAUUUGAGUCCGAGUCAGAACGGAAAGUCCUCCAGCGAAUAGAGCCGCUCAGUCACAAGAACUUCACAGCGGAGACCAAGAUUGGAGAGGACAAGUACUCGUACGUAUUCCAGUUGUGCGGCGACGCAGGCGGCGUUCCCGGAGCCGGCGUCAUUCAAGUAGAAGGCCAGAAAACGGAGAAGAAAGUCACCGUGAUCGGCAUGUACAAUGCAACAGAAGUCAUCGGAGGAAGUGACUAUGUGUGGCUGGUCUACGGCAACGGAGAAAAAUACGACACGCACUGUUCCCAGGAACAGAGGAAAGCCAUCCUGAUGAUUUUUUGCAACCGCAAUUUGAACGUGGGCCAGCUGGAGGUGGUGCAAGAAAACAGGGAACGGGAGCAGAACUGCUUCUACCAGUUCAAGAUUGAGUCCAGUGCUGUGUGUCCGGCUCUUGAAUACAAGCUCAGCACUGGCUCCAUUCUACUCAUCAUCGCAUUCUGCCUUCUGACGGUUUACCUGAUUGGAGGUUUCCUCUACCAGCGGCUCAUCAUGGGGGCCAAAGGCAUGGAGCAGUUCCCCAACUAUGCUUUCUGGACAGAGGUCGGCAAUCUCUCUGCAGACGGUUGUGACUUUGUGUGCCGCUCACGAGAUCGAGAGGAACCCCCGACUUAUACGGGGGUGUCCACGGAGCCCUUGGACGAGGACCCGGACGAGCGAGACGACCACUUAUUGCCGAUGUGACCUGGCAUCGAUCAGCUUUUCGCCGUGAGACUUGACUGACAGCUUUGAUGAAAUGGCUUGUAGGCAAAUUCAAUUCUCGUUUCGGUUUGAGUGCGCGUUCAUACGGCAUGCAGGCCGCGCACCUCGUUUAUGUGAGUGAUUGCUCGAGGUUUACACUGAGGUUUCUUCUCAAGAAAUCUGCAGGCACUAUACUCUCUCUCUCUCUCUCU